AUAGUCGUGACAAACGUUCGACCGAACAUUUGUAAGGUUCUCUAUUUUGUUGUACAUGCACUUGCACAAAUGUAAAAGGAAGCGACAUGCGUUUCCAUAAGGAGUUGUAUCUUGUGAUAUUGGGAAUCUUCUUAUACUUUACCCUUGUACUGAACGAACGCAGAGAGCUAGAAGGUUAUAAAUUUCCGGUUUACUCAACACCAUUUUGUCCCAGAAAUGAAUCAGAGUGGAACAAGAGAUCGACAGCUCUCAAUUGUAACAAGACUAAUGGAUACACGUGUUUACCGAAUCAGAAGUUAACAGAGCUGUUGGAGUUUUGCUACACAGAGCCUCGAAUAAUGAUAGAAGAAGGUACAUGUUUAUAUUUGGUCAAAAGCGUUUCACAAGUCAACGGACGCAGUUGCAAAAAUUUCACAGAUGGGUGUCACAAUACCUCUUUUAUCAGCGACAGAAUUUAUGAAUACCCGGCUUGCAUUUCUCUUGGUAAUGGAUGUUUCCUCGCAGAGCCCCCUUGUAAAAGUGACAACUUUUCUAACUUUCAUGAGAAUGGAUCUAUCAACAUUAAAGAAGACAGCACAAUAACGCACAUUUACCCUCAACAAUCAACAGAACAGACACAUGCAGGAAACCCCUCCACGAACGACAAGGAGAAAGCUGUAUUGACUGGAAUACUUUUAGGAAUCAUUCCUAUAUCGAUAUGCGUGUUAUUUGUGCUGUGCAGCUACUAUGUAUUCCAUAAAAGAAAAUUUCAAAUCUGCAAAAGACAUGGUGACAUAGAAAGCUCAGAAGUAGAACAACUUGCACAAUCUACAGAACAACAUGAAGUGAAUUUAAUUGAUACAAUUGAUACAGAAUUUUCGUUUUUUAAACAAAAGCAUGCUUUUGAAAGUGAUGAGGAUGAAGAGAUGAAACCGUUAAUUCAUGAAAGUCAACAUGCUGAAGAGAAUUCUGAACGCCAUGAAGUAGAAAUGAUAACGACUUGCCAAAACCAUUCAGUACGGAACAGAAAUGGCAAAGAAAGCUUAACAGAAGAGAUAGUUACACAUUCUUUUGAAAACAAUCAACUUAUCAACACUGUUCCAACAAAAAUUCCUGCUCCAUUAAAGGAAGAAUCUGUUAUCCAUCGAAGGGAUAGUUCUUUAGAAAGUGUAAGUGAAGAACACAAUUUAAAUCCUUUAAUUAAUGAACAACAUGCUGAUGGAAAUGCCGAAAACAAUGACGGGAAAAUGCUUACAUUACCUAUGGAAGAAAAUAAGGAUACCACUUACCAAGAAUAUCAGGAGUGCACAAGAAAUGGCGAAGAAGGAUUAAACGUUUUAACACCUACACAAUAUUUUGAAAAUUAUCAACUUGACACUGCUUUGAUUGAGGAAGCAUGUUGUACCUAUAAACGAAAAAGUGCUAUAGGCGGUAAUGAAGAUGAAAAAGUCAAACCAUUUUUUGAUCAUAAUCAACUUAUUGGCAGACAUGCAGAAAACCAUGAAGGGGAAAUGCUGAACAAAAAUAAGAAUAUGAUUUGCCAAGAAUCAUCCAUCGAAGAAGCUAUUUUUAACGAGUGGAAUCAGGAAGACUCUAGUUUUAUAUUUACAAAGGCGUGUGAAGAAGUAGAAAAAUUAGUAAAAAACAAGAAUCUGGUAAUUGUAGCUGGUCAAUCAGGAUCUGGAAAGUCAGCCAUUAUUAAACAUAUUGCGCUCCAAUACAGAAAACGGGGCUGGAAAGUAAAACGAGUGAAAGAAGUAAAAGAUAUUGUCGAUGAAUGUUGUUCAGGUCAAUUUAAAAGGAAUGAAACCAUUUGUAUCUUUAAUGAUCCAAUAGGAAAAGAAUCUUUUGAUGAGAUGUUGAAUAAUUCAUGGCAAACAUAUGAGGAAGAGUUGAAAUCCUAUUUCAAAACAUCAAAGCUAAUGGUGUCGUGUAGGAGUUACAUUGUUUCUGAUACUAGACUGACACGUUAUCUCGUUAAUCAAGCAGACAUCGUAUACAUCGACAAUGACGAAAAUAAAUUAUCCAUUAGUGAAAAACGGCAGAUUCUGACAAAAUAUACAUCAGAUAUGAAUUUAUCCGACAACGAGUGUGACCAGAUUGUGAAAGUAGAACAGUAUUUCCCUUUAUUGUGCAACUUAUAUUCUAAGAUAUGCGAUUCUAACAAACACGAUAUAGGUUUUUUUACAGAACCUAGAAAAGUAUUUGAAGAGGACGUUAGAGAGUUCCGAAAAAAAGAUAAAAAAAAAUACUGUGCUCUAGUUCUUCUUGUACUCUUCAACAAUGAUCUCUGUCCAAGUUAUCUUUUGAAAAAUAAGGAAAUUGAAACCAAAUAUAAACACACGUUAAAACUUUAUGGAUUACCAGAGUACACGCCACCUUCUGAAAUACGAGACACUCUUGAAUCGCUAAAGGGGUUUUUCGUUAAAAAAAUUGGUGACACAUAUCACUUCCAUCACGACUUUGUGAUGGAAGUAACGACCCAUGUAUUUGGGACAGAUUACCCUGCAGAUAUUAUUUAUUACGCUGACAUUGACCUCCUCAGGAGAACAGUAAGAGUAGAAAAUUGCAACGAAAAAAAUGACACAUUUACGAUAAAUCUUACUGACAGAUACGUAGAAGAGUAUGCAAACAGAUUAUUUUCUGAAAUGAUUGGACCCCGCUUUUUAGAUGUAGUUCUCAAUCCCUGUCUGAGGAACGAAAAAGUGAUAAAAGCACUAAGACAAAACAUAGAUAAAGAUCCAAAACAACUAAAACUGAUUCUUAAGAAUACGAAACUUAAAACCAAUACAGAUAGAUUGAAUCGGACAUCGAAAGAUUUGCUUUUAUCCAAACUUUCUUUCUUGGAAUUACAAAUGGAAGUUUCGCCUCUUUUUGCUCUGAUCGUAUUUUGUCAUACAGAGUUGGCUACGCAUUGUUUAAAUACUCUACAGCAAAAUCAAACCAAUAUUCAUCACUGUUCCUUGUUUCCUGCUGUUUGUUGCAAUGGUUCCUUGAGUAUGUUUGAAACGUUUUCGAAAGACAGUAUGACAAUAAUAUGGCAUGAUGUUCACCCUAUUCACAUUGUAUCGCUGUUUCACAAUUAUGAAAUUCUUGAAAAGUUGAUAGAGAAGGGUGAGAAUGUGAAUCAAAAAAUUGACGCCUACAGGAGCUGGACACCUUUGAUGUUAGCUUCUGGUAAUGACUGCCAAGAAAACGAAAUAAAUAAUCAUGGAAUCUCAAGCGAAACUAGGAGAAAUAAAACUGUUGAAGUUUUACUGAAAAAUGGAGCAGAUAUUAAUAUUUCAUGCAUAGUACACGGAGACGGUCCUCUCUUUUUAGCUUGUCAAAAUGGAUAUGAAAGCACGGUAAAUCUUUUGUUGAGAAAAAGACCAAAUGUUAACGCAUGUACAAACGAUGGAUCUAGUCCUCUGUACAUAGCAUGUCAAAACGGUCACGAUGGGACUGUACUUUUAUUACUAAGUAAUGGAGCAGACAUUAAUUUAUGCAAGGAAAACGGAACCAGUCCUCUCCUUAUAGCUUGUGAAAACGGACAUGAUAGCACUGUACAGGUUUUACUGAGUAAUGGAGCAGACAUUAAUUUAUGCACAGUGGACGGAGCCAGUCCUCUCUAUACAGCUUGUUUAAACGGACAUGAUGCCUCUGCAAAACUGUUGCUGAGUUAUGGAGCAGAUAUUGAUAUGUGUAUAAAAGACGAAUUUGGUCCGCUUUUUGGUGCUUGCCUUCGAGGUCACGAGAGUACGGUAAAACUUUUACUAAGAAAUGGAGCAAAAUUAAAUCUAUGUCGAAAUGGUUUAUACAGUCCUUUCAAUGGAGCUUGUUUUAGUGGACAAGAAAAUAUUUUUAAUAUUCUACUUCGAAAUGGAGCAGACAUUAAUUUAUGUAUUGAAAAUGGAGACAGUCCUCUUUAUUCAGCUUGUUUAUUAGGACAUGAUAACACAGUUAAAUUUUUGGUGAGUAAUGGAGCAAUUGUGAAUUUAUGUAAAAAGAACGGAAUCAGUCCGCUUUCUGCAGCUUGUUUUGUAGGACAUGAUAGUACUGUACAAUUUCUACUUAAUAAUAAAGCAGACAUUAAUCUUUGCUCGGAACACGGAACCAGUCCGCUAUAUACAGCUUGUAACGAAGGACAUUGUAGCACUGUACAACUUUUACUUAGUAAUGGAGCAGACAUCAGUUUAUGUUGUAUUGACGGAUUCGGUCCUCUCUUUGCCGCUUGUACAAAAGGAUAUAAUAAUAUUGUCCAACUUUUACUGAGUAAUAGAGCAGACAUCAAUUUUUGUUCAAAAGAUAAUUCUAGUCCACUAUAUGCAGCUUGUCAAAAUGGACAUUAUAUCACUGCACAACUUCUUCUAAGUAAUGGGGCAGACAUAAAUUUAUGCAAAAAUAAUAACAGAAGUCCCCUCUAUGCAGCUUGUUGUAACGGACAUUUUGAUAUUGUACAACUUUUACUCAAUGAAGGGGCAGAUAUUAAUUUAUGUUCAGAAGACGGAGCAAGUCCGCUCUAUGCAGCUUGUAUAAAAGGGCAUGAUAGCAUCGUACAAUUUUUAUUAAACAAAGAAGCAAAUGUUAAUUUAUGUAAGAUGGACGGUACUAGUCCCCUCAUUGCAGCCAGUUUUACCGGACAUGAUAGCAAUAUACAACAAUUGCUAAAUAAUAGAGCAAACGUCAAUUUAUGUAACAAUAAUGGAAUAUAUCCUCUCCAUCUAGCUUGUUUAAACAGUCAGAAGAGCACUGUACAACUUUUAGUGGACAAUCAGGGCGACGUCAAUUUAUGUAUGAAAAACGGUAUUAGUCCUUUACAUGUUGCUUGUGAAACAGGAAAUGUUGGCAUUGUAGAACUUUUAAUUACAAAAGAAGCAGACAUAAACGUGCGUAGUGAGGAUGGUACUAGUCCACUGCUUGCUGCAUGUUUAAGCAAGCAAUAUUACAUUAUACAACUCUUACUACGUCACGGAGGUGAUACAAAUUUGUGCAUGAAAAACGGAACUAGUCCGCUAUAUGUAGCUUGUUGCAACGGACGAAAGAAAACUGCACAACUUUUACUGAAUAAAGGGGCACAAAUUAACUCAUGUAUAAACGACGGUUCCAGUCCCCUCUUUGUCGCCUGUCUUAAGGGAUAUUACAGAACUGUACAACUGUUAUUAGAUAAUGGGGCAGACAAUAAUUUAUGUAACAAACAUGGACACGGUCCCCUUUAUGCAGCUUGCUUUAGCGGGCAUUACGAAACGGCUCAACUCUUACUAAAUAAUGGAACCGAUAUCAAUGAAGGCAUGGCAACCGGAAAGAGUCUUCUGCAUUUGGCAUGCUGUGUUGGAAAUGAUGCGGUUGUGCAAUUUUUACUAAGAAACGAAGCAAAGAUUAAUUUAUGUAAAGAAAGCAAAGAAAGUCCAAUUUGUUCAGAUUGUUAUAGAAGGCAUGAUAGUAUACCAAGUCCUCUCUAUGGAGCUUGUCUAAACGGAAAAUAUAGCACUGUACAACUUUUAAUAAACAUGAAAGCAGACAUUAAUCUAUGUCUUGAAGAUGGAAUAAGUCCCCUCUUUGCAGCUUGUAAAGCAAAAAAUGAUAGUAUUGUACAACUUUUAUUGAGCAAUGGAGCUGAUGUUAAUUUAUCUAGAAGAGAUGGUUGCAGUCCUCUUCAUGAAGCUUGUAAAACAGGACAUGACAGCACUGUAGAGUUAUUGCUGACAAAUGGAGCUAACGUUAAUUUAUAUACGAAAUGCGAAGUCAGUCCACUUUUUAUAGCUAGUUUCAAUGGAUAUGAUAGAAUCGUAAAACUUUUAAUCAAUAAAGGAGCAGACCUAAAUCUAUGUAGAGAAGGCGCACCAAAUCCUCUGUUUGCAGCUUGUGAAAAUGGACAUAAAAGCAUUGUACAACUAUUGCUGAGUUACAGAGCAGACAUUAAUUUAUGUAGGGAGGACGGAGCCAUUCCUUUAUGCAUAGCUUGUCAUAAGGGACAUGAAAUUAUUGUACAACUUUUACUGAGUAAUAAAGCUGAAGUAAAUUUAUGUAUGAAGUGCGGAACUAGCCCUCUGUUUAUUGCUUGUCAAAAUGGACAUGAUACCAUUGUACAACUUUUACUGAAGAAUGGAGCAGACGUUAAUUUAUGCAAGAAUGUCGGAGCCAGUCCUAUCUAUGUUGCUUGUCAAAACGGACAUGAUAGCACUGUACAACUUUUACUAAGCAAUGGAGCAGACAUUAAUUUAUAUUUGGAAGACGAAAGCAGUCCUCUCUAUAUUGCUUGUCAAAAUGGGCAUAUAGGCGCUGUUAAAAUUUUACUGACAAAUGGAGCAGAUAUCAAUUCAUGCUUGACAAACGGAAUGAGUCCUCUUUAUACAGCAUGUUAUAAUGGACAUGAUGAUAUUGUACAACUUUUAUUGAGAGAUGGAGCAGAUAUAAAUUUAUGCAUGAAUGAUGGAGUUAGCCCUCUAUAUAUUGCAUUCGAAUGUAGAUUCUCCAAAAUUGUUGAUAUUUUACUCAACAAUGGCGUAGUCGAUAGCCUGGAUUGUGGAUGGGAAGUCAAUCCAGAUUUGGUAGAUUGCUUUGAUGAAAAUGAUAGCACUGUGAAAUUUUUACGGCAACCCGACAACGUCCUUUGUAACAUGUAUGAUUUAGAUUCGUAUUUUUCUCUUUUUGUAGGGUGUCAAGUUGAAAGAGUCACACGAAUGAUAUUUGAUAUCUGA